GCUCGAGAUCGCGUCCGGAGUUCCACCCGGACGACUCACCCACUCGUACCGGGCACGCGGGCAGAAUCGUCGGGGAAAAUGACGACGAACGCGGAGGACCUGCAGAAGCUGGAGGAGGAGGCGAUCGCCAGGGGCACCAAGUACGUCGCGAACCUUCUGCAGCGGCCGGGCCAGCUGGAGAAGAUCGACAUGUACAAGCGCAGGAUCGGCAGGAAGAAGGCGUCCGUCGAGACGAUGCUGAAGACCGCGAUGCAGAGCCAGCUGGACGGGGUCCGGGUCGGCUUCGGGCAGCUGGAGAGCUCCCUGGAGAGUAUCGCCACCAUCAAGGACGACCUGGACAACAUUAAUCAGCUGUUCAGCUCGGUCCUCAAGCUCAGCUCGAGGCUGCAGGCGGUGCAGGAGGAGAACAUGCGUCACUCGCAGUACGUAAUCGCCAAGGAGAAUCUGAAGCACAUAUUCACCGUGCCCGAGAGCGUGGAGAAGACGAAGCAGUGGAUAAACGAGAGUAAGCUGCUGCACGCGCAUCAGAGCCUGAUGGACCUGGAGACGUCGCGGGACGAGCUGUUGUACGAGCUCCACAAGCUGCCGAAUCAAUCGCCGGCGGACACGGUUAUGCUCAAGGCUUACUUCGAGGACGUGGAGAUGCUCUCGCAGCUGAUGGAGAAGCAGAUACGGCUGGUGCUGAGUCGAACCCUCAACACAGUCAGGAAGGAGCCCACGGUCAUAGUGACGCCCUUGAGAAUCAUAGAGAGAGAGGAGAAGGCGGAUCAGUUCGCCGUUCAGCGGCACAAGCAGAGCGGAUUCAUGGCGCCGGGCAGGCCCAAGCGGUGGAAGGAGAUGGCGAUGAAGGUGCUGGAGAAGUCGGUCGCCAACAGGAUCGAGGGGACCCAGGUGGAUGAGAGGGCGGACAACAAGAUGUGGCUGGUGAGGUACCUGGAGCUCACCAGGCUCCUGAUCCUCGAGGACCUGAGGGUGGUGAAGACCCUGUGCGGGCCCUGCUUCCCACCUUGGUACGACAUAGUGAAUACCUUCGUCAAGAUGUACCACACGAGCCUGUCGCAGCACCUCAAGGACAUAAUCGCCGGCGGGCUGGAGGGCAACGAGUACGUCUCGCUGCUCGCGUGGAUCAUGAACACCUACACCGGGCCGGAUCUGAUGCGGCAUCCCGAGCUCAACAUCGACACGUCCGACAUCGGGCCGCUGCUCAGCCCCGAGAUGAUAAACGACCUGCAGGAGAAGUACCUGCGGAACAUGUGCCAGAAUUACGAGGACUGGAUGAGGAAGACGCUCGAGACGGAGAAGCUUGACUGGCGGAGCGGCGUCCUGCCCGAGAGCAGCGCCCAGGAGCUGUACUAUCACACCGCCGCGCCGGUCAUCAUAUUCCAGAUGAUCGAUCAGAAUCUCCAGGUGGCCAAGACCAUCAGCGCCGACCUGACCGCGCAGGCCCUGGUUCUGUGCGUCGAGCAGGUCAUCAAGUACGGAUCGAUGUACAGACAGGCGAUACUGGAGUUCAAGACGAGGCAUUUCGAGGACAGGAGUCAGGUGCCAUACUUCACUCAUCACAUGAUCACGAUAGUCAACAACUGCGUGCAGUUCACCGAGCUGGCGCAGCAGAUGAAGCAGCUCUACUGGGUGCCCAACACCACCGGCGACGCCACGGUCAAGUUCGAGAGUCUCCUGGCCACCUAUCAGCACCUGAGGAACGAGGCCGCCACCAUUCUGCUGCAGGAGUCCUUCCUAGACUUGGAGCUGCACUUUCAGGACCUGAUCACGCCCAAGUGGCUGUCGUCGCCCAUCCCGGUGGAGACCAUCUGCGUCACCCUGGAGGACUACUUUCAGGAUUACAAUCACCUCAGCCCCAAGAACUUCGAGUACGUCAUCACGGAGGCGCAGAAUCUCAUCGCGAAGCGCUACAUAUCCGCGAUGCUGCAGAGGAAGAUAUCGUUCAAGACCUACGACGAGUGCCUCACGUGCACGUCCAAGAUCAUGACGGAGGCGGACAAGCUGCGGAACUUCUUCGACAGAAUCGCGCCGAAGGUCGGCAACUUCAACUCGCCGUUCGAGGUCAUAAAACGCCUCGCCGAGGUGCUGAGGUGCGAGGACGCGGAGAUACUCUCCCUCGACCUGCACUCGCUGGUCGAGAAGUAUCCGGACAUGACGGAGGAUCAUCUCAUCAGGCUGCUCGGCCUGAGGGGCGACAUAUCGCGGGCGGAGGCUCGAGGGAAGGUCUCUUACAUCAUGGAGGCUCAGCGGAAUCGAAAGCCCGUGCAGUCCAUGGCGAGCAGCAUAUUCAAGCAGAUCGUUAUACAGGACAGCUUCCUCGGCUGGAAGCCUUGAGACUGGAGGAGGAAUUUCUACGAAGCGAAGAUAUGGAACAUGAACGGCUUCUCCGUGUAGCACCGCGCUACUCCUCCAAAUCAAAUGUGU